AUGACCCGCAAGCUCCUCGCACUCGUGCCGUCGGGACUGCCGUCAAGUACUGACUUCGGGCGCUUCCAUCCAGACACAACCGAUGCCCCACUCCUGUCCGUCGUGCUUUGGACGUCUCGCUCGACCGGUUCGAUGACCCGCACACGGCAAUUGGCUCUGGACAAGGACAAGCAAAAGCUGUUGGAGCUCCAGCGCUUGCAACCCGUGGAUGGCGCGCGCAGCUGGUUUGUGGGCAACGCCGUGCUUCAGGAUGGCGGAGUGAUGGUCUUCUCACCUGUGGAUGCACUUUUCGUGCUGCUGGAUGCUGCGUGGCCUCAGCGCGCAAGGUUUUCGAGAUGGCAGGAGAUGAGGGAAGUGGACAACCUCUGUGUGAAGGUCAAUGAGAACAAGGUGACGUCGUGGCUGCGGACGAAGGUGGAGAGAGUGGCCAGCGUGCUGUUGAAACAGGAGCAAGAUGCAGCCGCGAAGGCUUCGACUGCGGCAGCGUUUACCGACCAGGUGAAUGUAAUUGGACACAGUUGUGUGGACAAGAAGAUCCAGGCGGAAAAGGUACAGGACGAGAAGGCAGAUGUUGCUCGACACUAUCGACAUGCGAUUGACGUGGUAGGUAACUACCUCGCGAACGAAUGGACCGACGUGCUUUGCAGCGAGUUCAGGGUCGAGAGGGAAGAGGAGGUCAAGAAUGUUGCCAAGGCUGCAGCCGGACCGAUGGAGUCAUUCCAGCGCUUCGACCGACGUCGAAUGCCAGAAAAUGCAGUGAAGCGCCCGACAUCUAUUGGUGCUGCCAGUAUCAAGAAGAAGAGCAAGCUGGAUAACGUGGAUCGCUCGGGGAUGAAAUCGCUUACGUCAUUUUUUAGCAAAAAAUAG